GACGCUGCCACGUUAAACGACCAAUGAUGUUUGGUAUAGCAAACAAAACCCGAAGAAAAUGGCCUCGUCACCAAUUCUCACCACGUCACUUCCGCAAAAACAGUUGACCACUUCCUCCUCCUCCGCCGCUGGAUUCCGCCUUCCGCCGCCUGAGAAACUCGCAGUUCUACUCGACAAAUCGGAAUCAGUGGAUUUAGUCAAGCAAAUCCACGCGGCUAUUCUCCGCCGUAACCUCUUCCUCCAUCCUUACCACCCUGUUCUAAACCUCAAGCUCCACCGUGCAUACGCUUCCCACGGAAAGAUUCACCACUCGUUGUCUCUAAUUCACCAGACGAUCGAUCCCGACUUGUUCCUAUUCUCCGCCGCGAUCAACACCGCCUCCACUAACGGCCUCCGUGACCAAGCUUUCCUGCUAUAUGUUCAAUUGCUAUCUUCUGAAACCGUCCCCAACGAGUUUACUUUCUCGUCGAUUUUGAAAUCAUGCUCGAGUCAGUCUGUAAAAGCGAUCCACACACAUGUCCUCAAGUUCGGAUUGGGGCUAGAUCCUUACGUGGCGACUGGUCUCGUCGACGUUUACGCGAGAGGAGGAGGAGAUGUAGUUUCUGCGCAGAAGGUGUUCGAUAGAAUGCCUGAGAGAAGCAUCGUUUCCUCCACGGCUAUGAUCACCUGCUACGCGAAGCAAGGGAACGUUGAGGCUGCGAGGGCUUUGUUCGAAAGAGUGCCUGAGACUCAGAGAGACAUUGUUUCUUGGAACGUGAUGAUCGAUGGAUACGCUCAACAUGGCUUUCCCAGCGAAGCUCUGAUGCUUUUCCAGGAACUGUUGGCCAAAGGAGAGCCUAAACCUGAUGAAAUAACAGUCGUGGCGACUCUUUCGGCUUGUUCGCAGAUCGGCGCGCUUGAAUCCGGGCGUUGGAUCCAUGUUUUCAUCAAGAGAAGUCGCAUCAGGGUCAAUGUUAAAGUGUGCACUGCGUUGAUUGAUAUGUAUAGCAAAUGUGGGAGCUUGGAAGAGGCUGUUUCAGUGUUUAACGAUGCUCCGAGGAAGGAUGUCGUUGCCUGGAAUGCGAUGAUUGCUGGAUACGCUAUGCAUGGUUAUAGCCAAGACGCGUUGAGAUUGUUUGAUGAGAUGCAGGGAACCGCAGGGCUGCAGCCAACGGAUAUAACUUUCGUAGCAACACUACAGGCUUGUGCUCAUGCUGGUUUGGUAGAGGAAGGUGUCAGAAUGUUUGAGUCAAUGGGACAGGAGUAGGGUAUUAAACCCAAGAUCGAACAUUACGGAUGUUUGGUCAGUCUCCUCGGUCGUGCUGGUCGGUUAAAGCAGGCUUAUGAGAUCAUAAAGAACAUGGAGAUGGAGGCUGAUUCCGUUAUAUGGAGUUCUCUUUUAGGAAGCUGUAAACUUCGUGGAGAUUUCGUGUUAGGCAAGGAAAUUGCAGAGUAUCUCAUUAGGCGGAACAUCGCAAACUCGGGAAGUUAUGUUCUUCUUUCGAAUAUGUAUGCAUCUGUGAGUGAUUAUGAAGGCGUGGCGAAAGUGAGGAGCUUGAUGAAGGAGAAAACAAUAGUGAAAGAGCCAGGAGUAAGCGCCAUAGAAGUCGAUGAUAGAGUUCAUGAAUUCGGAGCGGGAGAUAGAAACCAUCUGCAAAGCAAGGAGAUUUACACAAUGGUGAGAAAGAUGAGCGAAAGGAUCAAGUCUUGUGGUUACGUGCCAGACACAGACGCGGUGUUGCAAGAUCUCGAAGAGACAGAGAAAGAGGAGUCUCUAGAGGUUCACAGCGAGAGGCUAGCCAUUGCGUAUGGUCUGAUUAGUACUAAACCAGGAAGUCCGUUGAGGAUAUUCAAGAACCUGCGAGUGUGUUCGGAUUGUCAUACGGUGACAAAACUGAUAUCGAAGAUCACAGGAAGGAAAAUUGUCAUGAGAGAUCGGAAUAGGUUCCAUCAUUUCGUGGAUGGUUCUUGUUCUUGUGGCGAUUUCUGGUAAAACCAAACGCUACGCUACACGAAAAGGAGCCAAUGUUGUCUUAAUGUAUCUGGCAUUUAGUCUCAAUGUCUCCAUCGUAAAUAGAUUGUGAAUAGCUCCUCCUCUAAUACUGAGACUCCUAUUAAUCUUGAAGUGGAUUAAAUCUAAAGUAAUUAUGAAUAUUACGUUGCAGCGGUCCUUGCAAGAGACGAACAGACCAGAUCUUAUCUGACUGGAGCAAAAAAGGAAAGGCAGGCAUAUGGAGCAGAUCUUGUACCGCAUAAUAUGUGAAAGAUAUUGUCACUAUAUCCUCGGAGAAGUCUGCAUUCUCGUAUAUGUAUGUUUGUAGUGUAGUGAAAAAUGAAGUUAGCUAGAAAAUUUAGAUAGAAAAGAGUUAUUUUUAUUCAGAAAAGGAGUAAACAUUCUAAAACCUCUA